CCCCUUCCUUCUCCACCUCAACCUCCGGUGUCCCUCCAUCAGACUCUCAUCCACUUAAACUUUGGACUUUAGAAGACACACUGACCCGUCAACUGGCUGCCAUGAAGACCUUUUUGGCCCUGCUUGUGUUUGUCUCUCUGACCUGCCACAGCCAUGGUCUCAAAUGUCACACUUGUGUGGCAUCCAGUGAGGAGGACUGCAACCGACAGGGCUCCACCUCCUGUCCUCAGUACGCUGACGCCUGCUCCACCAUCACCGGCCCAAACACUGUGAUGAAGUCGUGCACGUAUAAGGCCUUCUGCGACAAGGCGCAAGGCAGCAGCUCCGGAGCCAAAAUGGAGUGUUGCUUCGGCGACGACUGCAACGGGCCCCACCGGGGUCACCACCACGGGGACAACCGCAACGGCGCGGGGGUUCUGGCCUCCAGCCCAGUGCUGCUGAUCUCAGCUCUGCUGCUGCGUGUAGCCUGCACUCAGCUCUGAAAUCCCUCACCUUGUCUUGUCCUCCAUUGUUUCGCCACUUCCUCCUCAUCUGUAAAUUUCAGGUUGUUUUACAUCCAGGUUUAAAAGGGGGAUUUUAGCUGCUGAGAGUUUGUGCUGAGUGCGUGAGAAUGGGUCUCAAACAUAACGUGUGUCAUGAUUCUCUUGGUUCUGAUGUUGUUCGAAAGGAGCAUGGUGAUUCCCACAAAUAUUAGCUGCAUUUCAGCAGCCUCCAUUUUCUGAGUUUUAUUUCUUGUUCAGGUCAACUAAAACUUUAGUUUUCCCUACAGUUGCAUGUGAAGAUGAUGCAAUGGCUUAAAGUGGCAUAUGAGUCUGGGACUAUCUGUGGUGAAUAAGUGUGUGAAAAGUGAAGAUGAACCGCCCACAGCUCCGGUGUACCCAGGCAGACUUGGGUGUGGUUUUUUGUAGGUGCUAUAGAGCACAGUUUGUUCCAUUCUAUAGACCCACAUUAUUUUACUGUGUCAGUGACACAGUAAACUGCAAACUGCUUCAUUUUGUGCUUGUGUUAAUCCGAAUAAAGGCACACUAACACCCUAUAUCUUUGUGCAUACAGUGUGUGGUCAAGAGCUUCUGUUUUGUUUUUAGAAAUGAGUGUUUAUGUGGUAAAAGUAAAAA